AUGAAAUACAUAAUUGAACACAUGGAAGAAGGUUUCAGCGAGUGGGUUAUCCUAGAGUAUGCUCAAGUUCUUAGAGAUCUGGGACCUGAGAAUUUGAUUUUAUCUUCUUUGCCAAAAGGUACUACCUCCGAAAAAAUCCCUAAAAAAUUAUUAGAUAUGGGUCUUCAAUGGACGACCAAGGAUUUAUCACAUAUCCAUGAAGAUAUUGAUAAUUUGGAACCUAUGAAGAACGGUCGUGUAUGUCUGCUGGACCCUCGUGCAGCCUCUGAUUUACAACCUAGUGAAGCACAGGACUUUGACUAUUUUGUAUUCGGUGGUAUUCUAGGUGACCACCCACCAAGAGAUCGUACUAAAGAAUUGAAAGACGCAUAUCCUGAUCUAUUGGUAGGUAGAAGACUUGGGGAUAAACAAAUGACUACUGAUACAGCAAUUAGAACAACCCAAAUUAUUAUUAGAGAUCAAACAAAAUUUGAAGAUAUUAAAUUCUUUGAUUAUCCGGAGUUUAAAUUUAAUAAGUACGAAGCCACAGAAAUGCCAUUCAGAUACGUGGUUGAUAAGAAUGGAAAACCAAUCCUACCUACUGGAAUGCUAGAAUUGAUUAAGAGAGACUCGGAACAAUCUUUAGAUGAUUUACUUUAA